AUGGCGGACGCGAAGCCGUCCGAGGUCGACCACACCUCGCUACACAAUGACACCCGAUCCAACGACAUCGUCGACGACGCGCCCAAGGCCUCGAUCGAGGCCGAGGCGCAGAGGCGGGGCCUGCAGCCGCCGCCCAUCGUGGCGGCCAUGAGCCACGAGUACCGCGCCGCGCUGGAGAAGAAGCUCGUCCGGCGGAUCGACCUGCGCCUGCUCCCGAUGACGGUCGUCUGCUACAUCCUGAACUACAUUGACAGGAACAACAUCGCGGCGGCGCGUCUGGCCGGUCUGGAAAGGGACCUGAAUUUGGACCCGGACUCGAACCAGUUCCAGACGGCCGUGAGUAUCCUGUUCGUAGGAUACCUCCUCAUGCAGGUGCCUUCGAACCUGUUUCUCAACAAGAUCGGGAAGCCGGCGCUGUAUCUCCCGACAUGCGGAUGCCUCUACUACCUCAGCUGCUGGUACAAGCGCGAGGAGCUGGGCCUGCGCACGACGAUCCUGUACACAGGGUCCCUCAUCUCGGGCGCCUUCUCGGGCCUCAUCUCGGCCGGCAUCACGGGCAACAUGGACGGCGCGCGCGGGCUCGGCGCCUGGCAGUGGCUCUUCCUGAUCGAGGGCGUCGUCACCGUCGCCGUCGCCAUCUCCGCGUACUGGGUCCUCCCCAACUUCCCCCGUACGACCUCGUGGCUGAGCGAGGAGGAGAUGGCGCUGGCCAUCUGGCGCCUCGAGGAGGACAUCGGCGAGGACGACUGGACCAACAGCAAGGAGCAGACGUUCUGGCACGGUUUCAAGACGGCGCUGGAGGACGUCAAGACCUGGGUCCUGCUCGUGCUCAUCUUCUGCAUCGUCGCCUCGGCCUCCAUCACCAACUUCUUCCCGACGGUCGUCCAGACGCUGGGCUACAACAACGUCAUCUCCCUCCUCCUCACCUGCCCGCCCUACGUGCUCUGCAUCAUCACGACCUCCCUCAACGCCUGGCACGCCGACCGCACCGGCGAGCGCUACUUCCACAUCGUCGUGCCCCUCUGCGUCGCCAUGGUCGCCUUCAUCCUCGGCGCCGCCACCCACGCCACCGCGCCCCGCUACGUCGCCAUGAUGCUCCUCGUCCCCGGCGUCUAUACGGGCUACACCACCGCGCUGGCCUGGAUCAGCAACACCCUGCCCCGCCCUCCCGCGAAGCGCGCCUCGGCGCUGGCCUUCAUCAACGCCGUCUCCAACUGCUCAAGCAUCUACGCCAGUUACCUGUACCCGAAGAAGGACAGCCCGCAGUUCAUGGCGGCGUUUAUUCACAACUGCGUCGCGUGCUUCAUCGCCAUUUGCGCGGCGACGGUGUUGAGGGUUAUGUUGACGCGGUUGAAUAAGAGGCUGGACAGGGGGGAGUAUGUCGAGGGGGCGAUCAACGCGGCGCCGGGCGAGGCUGUUGAGCACGGGUUCCGGUUCAAGGUUUGA